AUGGCCGGCGGUCAUCAUGACGACGGCUCGACCUACAGCCCCCGCAUCGCCUUCAUCUACGUCUUCAACCUGAUCGUGGGCACGGGGGCUCUCGCCCUCCCGUCCGUGCUCACAACAGGAGGAUGGGUUCUUGGAACUCUUUUUCUUCUUCUCGUUGCUUUCACCAGUUUCGUGGGAGUGACGUUCAUGAUCGAGAGCAUGGCUGCGGCGAAUGCCCUCAGCGUCAUACGCCAUUCACAGGACGGGCAGUACGUGUCAGACACAGAGCCGUUGAUCAGCGAUGGGGAGACGGCUGCAAUGCUGAAUGGGGGAUCCGAGAGCGAUGGGGGCAGUGCACGUGCUGGGGGAGCAGGGGGAGGGGGAGAGGCAGGGGGAAACGGAAAGAGGGGGGGUGGGGGAGGGAGUGGGACGGGUAGCAGCAGCGGAGGAGGGCCGUUUGAGAUUGUCCAGCGAAUGGAAAUGGCCCAGAUGGCGGACAUGUUUUUCAGUGACUGGGGCCGCAUUUUUUUCUACAUCGCGCUCAUUCUGUACCUGUUUGGCGAUGCGGCCAUCUACUGCACGUUUGUGCCGCGCUCCCUCGUGGCCUUCUUCUUCCCGGACAACCCCCCGCCCUGGGCCUUUGACGCUUUCCUCGUGCUCUUUGUCGCUGUCAUCGUCCCCUUCUGCUUCUUUGACUUCCAAAAGACCAAGCCCUUGCAAAUAGUCACUAUGGUCAUUCGAAACGCUGCCAUUACAACAAUGAUUGUGAUCGCUGCAUGGGUGACAUACACGGAAGGGCCUCGUACCACAGGAGUGCCCAACUUCAGAGUCACAGCUCUGCCGAACCUCUUUGGUGGCGCUGUGUAUGCAUUCAUGUGCCACCACAGCCUUCCCGGCAUCAUCACGCCCAUGAGGGAGAAGUCGUUCAUCCGUGUGGUUCUUGUAUCGGCCUUCCUGGGCGUCUUCCUGCUCUACCUGCUGCUCUUCCUCUCCUGCGGCAUUGCCUUUGGAGUGGGGGCAGAGGACCCUAUCACGUUCAACUUCUCCCCAGCCAAGUUCGGCUGGAUUGGAGACCUCCUCUUCCUCUUCCCAGUGGUGACCCUCUCCUCCAACUACCCCAUGCUCACCAUCACCCUCCGCAACAAUCUCGACACGCUCCUCACUCUCCUCUUCCCCAAGGGCUCCCCCCUCUUCCCCGCUGCCCCCGCCUUCUCCCCCCGCCUCCCCCCGCGCCCCUCCCGCUUCUCUGACUCCCCUGGAGGCGGCGCGGGGGGAGCGGAGAGGGGGUGCGGUGCCUCCCAUUACAUGCUGUGUGAUUGCAGAGCACAACGGGGUAAACGUGAACUCGCUGGUAGGAGUAACAGGAGCAUACGCAGGAGCAGCAGUCAUGUUCAUCAUUCCUGCAUGCCUUGUGUACCGAUCGCGAUGCAUUCUGAAUCAGGAGUUUCCGCAAGAUUUGGACGACUCUGCUCGUCGCAACGAGCCACACCCUCUCAAUCAGCAUGCAUCGCCUUUCCGCAGCCCAUUAUGGGUCACUUCGCUAGUGGUGCUGGCUAUUCUUGUCAUUGGGUUCAUCUCUAUCGAUGA